AUGGAACAGGCUCCCAGGAAAACAAAUGUAAAGAAGGAUGAAGCAUCAUUGGAGCCUGUUGCUUCUUCUGUGUGUAAGAGAUAUGCUUGUCGAAGGCAAAUGGCUCUAGAUCUUCUCACCGGCGAGCUUCGUGUCCUUGAAUCCGCAUACGCAUGGCUGAAUAAUUACUGUCGUACCUUGAGGCAGAAAGGUUCAGAACGUACAGUUUGCUCUCUUUAUAAGGGCACGACCAACGUUGCAGAAAUGUUCAAGAGGGAAAUUUUAACUCAUUGGCUCUCCUAUCUACGUUCAGGAACAGAGCAACAUACAGAAAAUGCGAAGCUUAAAACAGCUGGAUAUUAUCAAAUUUAG